GGGUGAGAGGGCAGGCAGAGACAACACCAAGAGUUAACCAGUGUUCUCGUUCAUUCUUCCCUUUCUCAGGUAAACUGUGGAACUCCCUGCCUGCUUCUGCAUUUCCUCCUUCCAAUGGCUUCAAGUCUUUCAACGAGGGGGAGGCUCAAGACAUCGUUUUAUUUAUCUGUUUUUAUUAUUCUCAUUUUAUUUGGCUCCUCUACAGGAACUGGCAUUAAGUUGGCUUUUUUAUUCAAAUUUUUUCUGGUCCUUUUCCAACAGCCCUCUUACAUAAAAGAAAAUAACUAACUAAUAAUAAGAAAAGCCAGUGUCACAGGGCGGCCUGGAGACAAUGUGCAUGGCGUGCCAGCUGUACCAAUGGAAGGAGUAUUGAGGCAGUGAAGGAGUCCCUGGAGACAAUGUGCAUGGCGUGCCAGCUGUACCAAUGGAAGGAGUAUUGAGGCAGUGAAGGAGUCCCUGGAGACAAUGUGCAUGGCGUGCCAGCUGUACCAAUGGAAGGAUUUCAACUGGAAAGAAAUUGCAAAAUAUUUUUUUUUUUCAUUGGAAACUUUGUUGUAGCUGCUUAUAAAGACCUGACGCAUUGCUUCUGGUGCUCCUGUGUCGUGUCACAGGGAAGGGGACAGGCUGGUUAGUCAGACUUAACCCUCCCUGUGUGAAUGCAUGUUGCUUCUCGCCAAACACUUUCCUGGCCUGUAAAUCUGUCAGUGUUGCAUCCCUGACCACUUCCCCCAUGGUUUGUGAUGUGCUUGUAAGACUUGGUGGGCACCGUCACUCUGGCUCGUCUUUUGGCUUUCACUUCGCCUUUUUCUCAUUUAUUUGCAUUAAUAUGAGCAUUGUUUAUAUAAUUACUUGUAUUUAAUGAGACAAAAAGGAAUUACCAUUGUAUUUUCGUUGAUAAUUUUAUAGUAAUGUAUAGUUGAUAAUUUUAUAGUAAUGAACAACAGGUCUCGUUCUUGUCUGCGACCAGUCCGUCCGCUCCCCGAGUCCCCGUCCCAUAGUCUCGUAGUCGUCAGUCAGUUGUCAGUCUCGCGCGUCGCGACGCAGGACAGGACUUUCAGUUUUCGUUAAAAAUGUCUGAAGAGAAAGGAAAGGAGAGAGAGGAGGCAUGUGGUGCAGUGCCGAAAAAAGCGAGACGGAAACAGAAAUAUAGGCCCGAGUGGGACAAACAGUUUCCGUGGGUGGGGCCUGCAAAGAAGGAUGCUUGUAAGGCCAUGUGCCUUAUUUGCAGUGUUGAAAUAACCGCCCAGCUCACAACUCUCAAGUUGCACGAAAACACUGCAAAGCACAAGAAAAUGUGUGCGCCAUCCUCAUCCAAAAUACUUAUGGAGUCAUUUACAAGUGCACGUGGUGAUAAUGAAACUAGUAAAAGUGAUUCUGUUAAGGCUGCUGAAAUAAGGCUUACUGCAUUUAUGGUGGAACACAAUAUAAGUUUCCGUGUGGCCGAUCAUCUGUGUGAAGUCCUGAAAGGUUGCUUCUCUGACUCCGCUAUUGCAAAGGAAUUGAAAAUGAAAAGAACAAAAUGUCAAAGAGUGUGUGGUAAUGUUAUGGCACACUCUCACAAACAAGAGCUCAUUAACAUCUUGAAGCAGAACAAGUUGAGCAUUCUUGUGGAUGAAUCCACAGAUAUAUCGGUCUGUCAGAAUUUAUGCAUCAUGCAACUGGACGAUGAGUGGAAGAGGCUUGCCGUAGAAGAUCUGCCUGAAUCCAUUACCAACAUGGCGAAAAAGUGGACAAAAGCAAUUACAACCAGCCUGAUAAAUUUUGGUGUGCCAUAAAAACUCUGGAGGAUAGUGAUGGAAACCCCAAGUUUAAGCUUGUUUCAGACUUUUCACUAGGAUGUCUUUCUUUGCCUCAUGCUAAUGCUGACUGUGAGCGCUGCUUCUCUAGUGUAAACCGUGUGAAAACAAAAGACAGAAAUAAGCUAAUAACAGAAACCGUAAGAGACAUCAUCCUAGCGAAGCAGUGUGUUGCUUCCACAUCCAGCAGUGACUGUACGACCUUCAAGCCAUCAAUCAAAGUCAAUGAUAAAAAACAUGACAUCAAGCGUGCUAUAUUCCUCCAAUGAAGAGAGUGCCGGGGCUGCUGACGACGUGCCGGAUGUAUAUAUAGAAGAACAAGACCAGUAAUCUCCUACAUAGCACUUGCUGUGAGAGAGAGGGGAGACCUGUGCACCGCUGUGCUGCACUGUGCUUAGAUGUCCCUGGUUCACUCCUGAGGCUGUACCAUUCUUGCCCCUAUUACCAGGCCAGCAUCCAGGCCGCCGCCCUGCCUGGCACUGACGGCUGUCUGGCCUCCCCGAGGGUCCCUGCAGGACUGGACGCGGCGUGUGCUGGCGGGAGUGGUGCUGCGGUGGAGGUCGUGAGGCCGGGCAACAGCAUGAGCGGCCGGCGGCGGCAGCAACAGCGGCAGCAGCAUCAGCAAGCCUCAGGUGUGGGGAGGCGCAGGUGUGGUGGCAAGAAUCACCUGGAGGCAGGCAGCUCUGUCCACAGAGGAGAGAGCAAGUUUGAGUGCCAGCAGUGUGACAAAACUUUUGUAUCCAGACAAGGCCUUAAGUACCACACCCUGACACACAGUGGUGUUAGAAAUUAUGAGUGUGGUGAGUGUGGUAAGAAAUUUACCCAAAAGUCUUCCCUCAACACACACACCCUGACACACAGUGGUGUUAGAAAUUAUGAGUGUGGCGAGUGUGGGAAGAAAUUUACCCAAAAGUCUUCCCUCACCACACACACCCUGACACACAGUGGUGUUAGAAAUUAUGAGUGUGGUGAGUGUGGGAAGAAAUUUAUCCAAAAGUCUCACCUCACCAGACACACCCUGACACACAGUGGUGUUAGAAAUUAUGAGUGUGAUGAGUGUGGGAAGAAAUUUAUCCGCAAGUCUCAUCUCACCACACAUACCCUUACACACAGUGGUGUUAGAAAUUAUGAGUGUGAUGAGUGUGGGAAGAAAUUUACCCACAAGUCUUCCCUCACCUCACACACCCUGACACACAGUGGUGUUAGAAAUUAUGAGUGUGAUGAGUGUGGGAAGAAAUUUAUCCGCAAGUCUCACCUCACCACACACACCCUGACACACAGUGGUGUUAGAAAUUAUGAGUGUGGUGAGUGUGGGAAGAAAUUUAUCCACAAGUCUAACCUCAACACACACACCCUGACACACAGUGGUGUUAGAAAUUAUGAGUGUGAUGAGUGUGGGAAGAAAUUUACCCACAAGUCUAACCUCACCACACACACGCUGACACACAGUGGUGUUAGAAAUUAUGAGUGUGGUGAGUGUGGGAAGAAAUUUACCCACAAGUCUUCCCUCACCACACACACCCUGACACACAGUGGUGUUAGAAAUUAUGAGUGUGAUGAGUGUGGGAAGAAAUUUACCCACAAGUCUAACCUCACCACACACACGCUGACACACAGUGGUGUUAGAAAUUAUGAGUGUGGUGAGUGUGGGAAGAAAUUUACCCACAAGUCUUCCCUCACCACACACACCCUGACACACAGUGGUGUUAGAAAUUAUGAGUGUGAUGAGUGUGGCAAAAGAUUUCCUACCAUUUCUCGUCUCAAUAAACAUACCUUCAGACACACUGGGGUGAGGGAGUUCGAGUGUGAUGUUUGUGGCAAGUGUUUCAAGACAAAGGCUGAGAUUGCCAGCCACUUGAGGGUCCACUUCUGAGGUGGUGGUGUGUGGACACAUGGGGCCACACCUGUACCUGUGGUGGUGGUGGUGGUGGUGGUGGUGGUGGUGGUGGUGGCUGUGCCUGUGUGUGCUGUGAGGGAGUCAUGGCCCCAGCAUUUUUGUGUGGUGGUGGUGGUGGUGGUGGUGUGGGGGAGUCAUGGCCCCAGCAGUUUUGUGUGGUGGUGGUGUGGGGGAGUCAUGGCCCCAGCAGUUUUGUGUGGUGGUGGUGGUGGUGGUGUGGGGGAGUCAUGGCUCCAGCAGUUUUGUGUGGUGGUGGUGGUGGUGGUGGUGGUGAUGUGGGGGAGUCAUGGCCCCAGCAGUUUUGUGUGGUGGUGGUGGUGGUGGUGUGGGGGAGUCAUGGCCCCAGCAUUUGUUUUGUUGGCAGUGCAGGUGUGACUUUCAAUAAAUGUGUGUGUGCGGUAAACCUUUGUUUGUGUAUUCACCAGGUGUAGUAUACAGGGCCUCAGCUACAGGAAUAUAUUGUAGUGAGGCAGCCCCUCUCUCUCCUUGCCUCAAGUGUUUGUGUAUUCACCAGGUGUAGUAUACAGGGCCUCAGCUACAGGAAUAUGUUGUAGUGAGGCAGCCCCUCUCUCUCCUUGCCUCAAGUGUUUGUGUAUUCACCAGGUGUAGUAUACAGGGCCUCAGCUACAGGAAUAUAUUGUAGUGAGGCAGCCCCUCUCUCUCCUUGCCUCAAGUGUUUGUGUAUUCACCAGGUGUAGUAUACAGGGCCUCAGCUACAGGAAUAUAUUGUAGUGAGGCAGCCCCUCUCUCUCCUUGCCUCAAGUGUUGUGUUUCCCUUUCUUUUUGUCUCUCCUUCACACGUUAGGUUAUGUUAAGUCUGGCACCAUCUUUGCCUCUCUCUCUCUCUCUCUCUCUCUCUCUCUCUCUCUCUCUCUCUC